GCCGCGGAGGCGACAGCUACUGCUUGGGAGAAGGCGGCUGCAGAGGAGGAAGAGAGGGACGAGGCGGGAGGCGCAGGCUGAUUCCACGGCAUGGGCCGGCGGGCCUAGAGGCCGGUGCCAAGCUGGCUGCUGUUGCUGUUGCUUCCCAAGGGCUCCAUGGCUGAGGAUUGGCAGGACUGCCCAGCCCUGGGCCCUGGCUGGAAGCGCCGGGAAGUCUUUCGCAAGUCAGGGGCCACCUGUGGGCGCUCAGACAUCUAUUACCAGAGUCCGACAGGAGAUAGGAUCCGAAGCAAAGUUGAACUGACCAGAUACCUGGGCCCUGCAUGUGACCUCUCCCUCUUCGACUUCAAGCAAGGUGUCUUGUGCUACCCAGCCCCCAAGGCAAGUUCUGUGCCCACCUCAAACAAGAAGCAGAAGAAGGCAUCCAAGCCAGCCAGAGCUCGGAAGCGUGAUGUUGGAUCCCAGAGGGGUGAGGUCAGGAAAGAGGCACCCAGGGAAGAAGCCAAAGCUAGCACUGAUCCGACCCCGAGCUCAUUCCCUGCACCUGGGUGCUGUGAGAAUUGUGGAAUCCACUUCUCAGGGGAUGGCUCCCGAAGGCAGCGACUCAAGACAUUAUGCAAGGACUGCCGCGCGCAGAGAAUUGCCUUCAACCGAGAGCAGCGGAUGUUUAAGCGUGUGGGCUGCGGGGAGUGUGCAGCCUGCCAGGUAACUGAAGACUGCGGGGCCUGCUCCACCUGCCUCCUGCAGCUGCCCCAUGACGUGGCCUCGGGGCUGUACUGCAAGUGUGAGCGGAGACGCUGCCUCCGGAUUGUGAAGAGGAGCCAAGGCUGUGGAGUGUGCCGGGGCUGUCAGACCCAAGAAGACUGUGGCUGCUGCCGAGUCUGCCUUCGCCCUCCCCGUCCUGGGCUCAGGCGCCAGUGGAGGUGUAUCCAGCGGCGCUGCCUACGGCACCUUGCUCACCGCCUCCGUCGUCACCAUCAGCGAUGUCAGCGACGCCCUACCCUGACUGUAGCCCCCCCUCCUAGUAAACGCAGCCGCCAUAAGGGAGGCCGUGAUGCUAAGGGGGCUGCCCGGAAACACUCCCGAGCCCAGCCACCACCUCCACUUCUCCCAUCGCGGCCUCCAGAACCCCCAGAGCUGCACCCCAGAGCCCUGGCCCCCUCGCCAACUGCCGAGCUCAUCUAUUGUGUAGAGGAGGACGAGCUACAACCCUACACGAACCGCCGGCAGAACCGAAAGUGUGGGGCCUGUGCAGCUUGCCUACGAAGGAUGGACUGUGGCCGCUGUGACUUCUGCUGUGACAAGCCCAAAUUUGGAGGCAGCAACCAGAAGCGCCAGAAGUGUCGUUGGCGCCAGUGCCUGCAGUUUGCCAUGAAGCGGCUGCUGCCUAGCACUGGGUCAGGCUCUGAGGAGGGGGCAGGAUCACCUCCACUUUACCCUCGGCGAAAGAGACCUGGCUCUGCUCGACGACCUCUCCUGGGCCCCACUCGGAAGCCCUCCUUGCCAACGCACACAGUUCGACCAGACCGUGUCCAGGCACCAAUGAAGCAGGAACCAGGUGGUGGCUUCGUGCUGCCCCCUCCUGGCACUGAUCUUGUGUUUUUACGGGAGGGUGCCAGCAGUCCUGUGCAAGUGCCAGGGCCUGCUGCAGCUUCCACAGAAACUGUGUCGCAGGUGAAGCAAGAGAAGGUGGAUGCCCAGGAAGAGUGGACACCUGGCACAGCUGUCCUGACUUCUCCCAUAGUGCAGCCUGGCUGCCCUAGCAAGGCAGUAGACGCAGGCCUGCCACCAGUGAAGCAAGAGCCACCUGACCCUGAGGAGGACAAGGAGGAGGACAACCAGGAUGACUGGGCCUCUAAGUCGGCCCCUGAGGAAGAGUCAGGAGGGGCUGGCACACCUGUGAUCACGGAGAUUUUCAGCCUGGGUGGAACCCGCUUCCGAGACACAGCUGUCUGGUUACCAAGGUCCAAGGACCAAAAACCUGGAGCUAGAAAGCAGUAGACUGGAGGCUUCUACAGACUGUAGGAGUCAAGAUGAUGGUUACAGACUGAUUUAAUGAGCAACAACCCUGAUCUGUCUGCUAGGGGAUGAAUGAUAGAUUGGCUCCAGGGCUUGUGUGUGAUUUAACCCUUGGAGGAGAAAAAACUUUCCACUGAAGCAGGCCUGCUCGGGCCUGCAGUAAGUCUGUGGGGAAAGUGGAAAGGCGGUAUAUAUCUCAAGAGUGAUGAGAAAUUUAGCUGAGGUGGGGAUGGAGAAUUAAAAUUAAAGCCUCCACAAAACACACCGUCUUCCUAAAUUUGAAGUGGCUCCUGGAUGAGACCUGGUAGUCCCUAAACAUUGCCUCAGAGAGACAGACAGCAAAUGAAUACCAUUCAUGAGUGAAUGGGAAAGGAAAGGAAAGGCUGUUUGGUGAAUUUCUGCUGUGCAGCCCAGUUCAUUCAUCCUUUGAAACAGUCUUUAAGAAGACAUUGACUUUAUCCAUUUUUGCAAAGACUCAAAUAAAUGAUUUUGACCAGUGCCAAACAGCUAACAUUGGUGGAGCUAAGAAUUAAAGCCAGGCUGUAAAAUCCCUGUUUGUGCCACUGAACUGUAGUUGUCAGUGACCUAAAAACAAUCAGUUAAUGAUAAAUGCAAUAAUAAAUCCUUUUCAUUCCUACCUCUAGCAUGGUGUAGGAAGUGCCAGUGUGGAUGGGGUCUGAGCAUCUGGUCCUGCAGACACAAGGCCCAUAACAGGCCCCAGCUGCUGUGCAGGGUCCCUCCAACCCUUGGGGGUGGUCCUGGCUGCCUUCUGCUGUUUCCCUUACCCCAGCUGCUGUGCAGGUCCCUCCAACCCUUGGGGGUGGUCCUGGCUGUCUGCUGCUGUUCCCCUUUUGCUGGUUACUAUGAUUUCCCGCUCAACCAGUGCAGCCUUUGGAACUAAAGCCUUGACUCAUCUUUUCCUGACAACAUCCUUCUCCUGCCCUCAGACUGAAUGUCCACCAGGACUGCCUAGGGGCAAGUCAUGGCUAAGUCCUACCUCCCUCCAAUUCUUCAUUCAUAAAAAUGCCAAAAGCUAGUAAAUCUUUCAUUUUGUUACUUAACUAGUUUCUAGGAUGGGGACCAAGUGAGCACUCCUUAAGGUCUGUAUCCCAUCUCUUGCCUUACCCUUGUCCCAGCCUUGUAACUUCCUUCUGAUGUGAAUCGACCAUUUCCCAGUUUGUGCUUAUAUGCUACAGCCCUCUGCCCUACCCGGGUAGCCUUGGUCAGGACUGGGUCAUCUGCUGCUGCUCAGUUUCCUCUGAGAAUCCUACCCUCCAGCCCUGGUAUUCUGGUCAUUGUUGAUACCUGAUUGGCAUUCUGACACCUGAGUAGUCACCAUGUAUGUUAGAGUACAGCCAGAGCAGUAGAACUACCAAGAUGAUGUAUGUUUUGACUGUAAGGGAUCACAGGGAUUUGACCUCAUGUAAAAACUGGUUUGACGGUCUCUGUGAGACUGCUGUCAUGCAUCUAAUGUUGGAGCUUGAAGUCU